AUUUCGGAGCGUUAACAGAGAAGGAGUGAAUGAGUUAACAAAUCAACAUAAAGCGUAACCAUGGUGAUGCAAGUAUUUGUCUUUUGGCUUUCAGAAGAAAGGCUGUCAGCUCGUGUAAAAGUUAUAGAAUCUUAACAUGUCCAGACAAUUACAAAGUUUAUCAAGAAAAAAGGAAAAAUGAAAUCUACAGUUAUUAGUGUUCCGUGCGAGGACGACAAGCUGCUUUUAGCAUCUCUGUAUGACUUUAUUGACCGUGAGAAACAGUACCUGGGGUGUCCAGCAGAGGGCCCCGACGAGCUACGUUACUUGGUCUACCGCACCGUUUUCUGCAAGGUGAUUGAUCGAGCCUUAGCCUGCAGAAGAGUCCUGCUGAUCAUAAAGGCGGAGUACGACAACACCAUCCAGGAGCUGAAGAGGAGGGAAGGUGAAGCCAGGGCAGCACGCCGAAGAGUGGCGGCAGCAGCGACCCACGCUCACUCUCUGACCGUCUGUGAGACUCGAGCCGCUCAGCUCAGAGACAGGAUCUCCAUCCUUCAGACACAAACAGCAGAACUUCAGGAGAGCAGCAGAAGGAAGUCCUAUGAGGAUUUGAGGUCAUGGAUGUCAGGUUUGACAGAAGCUCAGCCUGAGGAUCUGGACUGGCACCUGCAGGACCUGCAGACCCGCAAAGCUGCUCUUCUGGACACGAAGAGUCUGAGCGUUCCUCUUGAGGUCCAAACCAGGCUGGAGGCGGAGCUGCAGGAAGCCCAGCGCCGCCGAGACCGCCUGAGAGCCGACAACGUCCAGCUGAGGCUGCUACAUAAACGGUUGAAAUUUGCGAGCGAUCGCUUAAAAUGCUGGACGGAUGAGGGUCAAGUGGUUCCUCUGGAGGAACUUCUAGUUUCCACAAUGAAGAGCAUCAGCUCAGACCUUCUCCAUGAAGCAGAAGAUGACGCCUGCAGCAUCGCCACUGAGCUGCAGGAGGACAAAGAGCAGAGAGUGGACGAUUACCUGCUCAGGUUCCUUCAGCUCUUUGAUUCGGGUCAGUACAAAGAUGCAGCUCUUCAUGCUGCAAGAUCUCCAGGAGGAAUCCUGAGGAACCUGGAUGUCAUGGAGAUGUUUGCAGGUUUGAGGGCCCCCACAGACGCGGCCCCCCCUCCACUCCUGUUCUUUCAGGCCCUGCUGGUUACUGCGGCAGCAGGCCACAGGAUGUCGUCUCCUCUGUCCCUGCAGGGCGUCCGUUGUGCCCUACAGCAUGGCAGGCUGCAGCUGGUCGUGCACGCUGUCACCCAAAACAAAGUGUCAUUCACAGAGGGACUGGGUGAUCUUCUGUCUGGGCAUGCUCAGAAGGACCAGGGCAAGGUGGACCUGUGUCUGGCAUUAGCUACCCUCAUUUAUGAGGUCUGUGGGCUCACCAGGAAAACCGCGGCGAGCAUGCGCAGGAGAGGCCUGGUCCACAACGCCGCUGAGCUCAUGCAGCAGAGCCCAGACCAGACAGCAGCCACGAGUUUGCUUAAAAACACAUCAAAAGGAAUUUAGUUGCUGCAUGAUCACCCUGAAGAAAGAUGCCACAGGAUCAGAGAUGAUCAAGUUUAAGAUAGUUCUGAGAUCAUCUCCAAAGUCAUAUACAAAACCUUAACUAUUGAAGAUAAUGUGAAAAACAAAAUUGAAGAAUAAAUUCAACAAACACUUACUUAAAGAUUUGAAGAUGUUCUUCUGUUCUUUUUGACUGUUGCACUGUUGAAUGUCAUUUUGCUGCUGCUAAAGAAUUUUCCCAUCGUAGGAUAAAUA